AUGGAGCAACCAGCGGAGCACAAGCAGUUGGAAGGACAGCCUGAGGUUGUUCAGCGACCAGUCAAUGAGCAUGGUGUUGCGGAUCAGUCAGCUCCGGCCGCAGCGGUGGAGAAGAGAAACGAGAAUCAGUGCAUGCUCAUCCUCGUCGGCAUCGUAGGUAGCGGGAAGAGCACCCUCGCAACCUCCAUCGUCCGCGAAUUCCCAGAUUACAAGAGAAUCAACCAAGACGAACUCGGUGAUCGACGAGCAUGUGAGUCGAUGGUACGGAAACACCUUGCGGAAGGAGCAUCGGUGAUUAUCGAUAGAUGCAACUUUGAUCGACAACAGCGACGGACGUGGGUUGAGCUCGCGGGCAGAUUUGGGGUUGGGGUUGAUUGUAUCGUCAUGCAGACAUCGUUUGAGACAUGCCAUUCGAGGAUCAUGGCGAGGCAAGACCAUCCCACGGGCGUGAUUGGGACUUUCGGUGCAGAUGAGAUUUUACCGAAGUUUAAGGCGAUGUAUCAGCCACCACGACAUCAUGGCGAUGAAGGCAUGGGUGCCGUCGUUAACCUAACCGAAGCCGACCAAGGCAGUGGAAAGUGGACGAAAGAGAGACUAGAGGCGCUCCUGAAUAACGCGAAAGAUAUUGGUGAUGGGAUCAGAAGGAAAAGGGCGGAACAAGGGGAUGCAUGGCGCGAAGACCCUAAUAGAGCCGACGACGGACGCGGACAAGGUCAGGCGAGAUAUAGACCGUAUCAGGGUGAUCGGCCUGCGCAUGUGCAGACCUGGCCGAGGAGCGAUCCGGGACAGGUUCGGGGUGGUCACGAGUACGGAAAUCAUGAUAGACGGGGUGGGCACAGUCAGGCAUGGCGAGGCUGUGGACAUCGACCUCAGCAGCCGUAUGGGGGUCACGACGUCGACAGGGGUUACGGACAAGGAUACGGGCAGCCACAGUCAUACCAUGGUCAGGGUUGGCCCGCACAAGAACGUCCAGUGCAGCAAUCGUGGGCACAACGUGCGGCUUGGAACCCACCGCCUCCGCCGUCAAGGUCUACAGAGGCCGGAAGUGAAGAGGUGGUCUAUCAGCCUCGGGGUUCACGAAAUGAUGAGGAGCAGCACCAAAGCUAA